AUGACGACCUCCAACGAACAACCCUCCAGCCUCCCCUACCAUGGCUCCUGCCACUGCGGUUUCAUCAGGUACAUCGCCAUCAUUCCAAUGCCACCAGCCGUCGCCCUCGGAGCAGAUGCGACCAAAGGCCCCCACCUCCGAUUCUACAAGUGCAAUUGCACAACCUGUCAAAAAAUGGGCCUAUUCCACAUGCGACUUCCAGACGCGCCGAACCAAUUCUUCCUACUCUGUCCGCAAGAUCGCGAUUCUCUGGCUAAUUAUAAAUGCCAAAACGGUCAUAUCAACUGGUUCUUUUGUCCGACGUGCGGCGUGCGCUGUUUCGCGACCGUACCGCAUUGGAAGCAGGACCAGAUCGAUAUCGAGAAGAUUUCGGCGGCGGUUCCCAAGCUCGAUUUACCGGGUGUCGAGGAGUCGACUAAGACGGUUACCAUUUGGCGAAUGGAUCCUGAUACCUUUCAGGAGGAUGUCACGGGGUAUUUGACGAUCAAUGCGCUUACUAUUGAUCAGGAUCAGGCUCAUGGGAAGAACAUUGAUCUGCGCCAGCUUGUGGACAAUAAAUGGGUCCAGUAUUCGGAUUGGAAUCUGAGAAAACAUGAGAGUCGAUAUGACUAUCCUCAAGAGAGAGGGACGUGGUAG